GAGCACACCCGCAAGUCAUCCUGUUUCGGGAAAGUCACUGUGGGCUGAAGCGCUUCGUGCUUGCAGAAUAUUCUCCACGUAUUUACAAGACAGGACUCCAGUGAAGCGACACAGUUCUUACAGUCUGUUCUUAGAGACCACAGGAAAGUGAAAGUCAUGGUUGGAGGGGCGUGGCACUGGUCGCACUGUCAGCCGUAUCCAUAAGAAUAAUAGUGAUCAUCAUCAUCAUCACCACCAUCACUAUGUCCAAUCUAGUACUACUAAUGAUACUAAUCCAUCGAUCCGUCCAUCUCUUCUCUUCCACUUAUUCAAUUCCGGUUAUGACACAUCGCAGGAAGCUGUUGACAACCCACGCAGACACGAGAGAAUGCAAACUCAAUCACAAGGGCCCUGGCCAGAUGGUGGAUUCAAACCUAGGAUAUUCUUCCUGUGCGAUGAUGAACUGUUGUGGUCUGCUAACACUCCAGAAGGAACCAGUUCCUCUGAAGAGCAUUGAGGUGGAGCUGGAGGUGAGGGACCAUGUGGCUACAGUGGUCUCCACUCUGAACUACGAAAACAAGGAGGACAAACCAUUAGAGGCUGUUUUUGUCUUCCCUCUGCCUGGAGAUGCUGCUGUCUGUCAUUUCAGUGCUCAGGUUGGACAGACACAGAUUGUAGCUGAGGUGAAGGAGAAACAGAAGGCUCGUGAGGAGUAUGAUGAUGCUCUGAGCUCCGGUCAGCAGGCCUUCCUAUUGGAGGAGAGUGAUGAGAGUCCAGAUAUAUUCUCUCUGCGUGUGGGCAGUCUGCCUCCAGGAGAGAGCGCCUCCAUCAGGUUGGAGUACGUCACUGAGCUGGCUGUGCAGGCUGAUGAUGGUCUGAGGUUCUGUCUGCCUGCUGUGCUCAACCCUCGAUACCAACCUCAGGGUAGUGAAGGUGCAGGUGUCCAGGUGACCUCUGCUCCAGCCUCUCUGGUCCCCUACAGUCUGUGUUUUUCUGCCCGAGUCUCCUCUCCUCGUCCGAUCUCUAAAGUAGAGUCCAACUGUUCCCUGGAGCCUCUGCAGUACCUCAACACUGAUCAAACCCAGGCCACGGUCAAGCUGGCUGCAGGACACAAGUUUGACAGAGAUGUUGAACUGCUGAUUUAUUACAAAGACGCCCACCAGCCCACUGCUGUGGUGGAGGCAGGACAGGCCUCUGCUGAGCCGGGCUCUCUGAUGGGUGAUCCAGUGGUGAUGGUGAGUCUGUACCCUGAGUUCCCCCAGUCUGUGAUGUCUUCAAUGGCUUCAAGUGGAGAGUUUGUAUUUCUAUUGGAUCGAUCUGGAAGCAUGAGUAAUACUCGGAUCAGCAGUGCCAAGGAUACUCUGCUCCUCCUGUUGAAGAGCUUACCAAUGGGCUGCUAUUUCAACAUUUACAGUUUUGGGUCUAGUUAUGAACACAUCUUCUCUAAGAGUGUGGAGUACAGCCAGAAGACCAUGGAGGAGGCUCUGAAGAAAGUUGAGGAGAUGGAGGCUGAUCUUGGAGGAACAGAGAUCCUAGAGCCCCUCAAACAUAUUUACAGCCAGCCCUGCAUUCAAAAUCAGCCUAGACAGCUCUUUGUCUUUACUGAUGGAGAGGUGGGGAACACCAAAGAAGUGAUCGAUCUGGUGAAGAAGAACUCAGGCUCCCACAGGUGUUUCUCUUUUGGGAUUGGGGAAGGGGCCAGCUCUGCUCUCAUCAAUGGGAUGGCCAAGGAAGGAGGAGGUCACGCUCAGUUCAUCACAGGGACUGACAGGAUGCAACCAAAAGUGAUGCAGUCGCUGCGAUUUGCUCUGCAGCCAGCUGUGGUUGACAUCUCAGUCACAUGGGAUUUACCAAAGGAAGUGUCUGUCACUGUCCUCUCUCCACCAAUCACAGCACUUUUCCAGGGUCAGAGGUCACUGAUUUAUGCCCAGCUCACUGGACAGAGCUCAGAGGCAGCAGAGGGCUGUGUGACGCUGAAGUACAGCCUGGCAGGUCAUCCCUCUGAGAACCAGCUGCACUUCAGUCUCAGACCUGCAGAGGACACUGGACUAACAGUCCACAGGUUGGGUGCUCGGACUCUGAUUCGUUCUCUGGAGAUGGAGGAGAGAGAGCACAGAGGACAGCAAGAUGGAGGAGUGAAGGAGAAGGUGGUGCAGCUCAGUGUCCAAUCAGGAGUGAGCAGUUCUUUCACUGCCUUCAUUGCUGUCAACAAAGACAACGGAGAGGCGAUCCAAGCACCUCUUGUCCAGAGAAAUAUUCCAAUGUUCCAACAUAUGGUUCCAUACCUAGUAAUGGACAGGGAUUUCUCUUUACAAGAAGAUAAAGAAAUCCCAGAAAGCUCAUCAACCUCAGACCACAGGUGAUACCCAGCAGAAGCUACGCAAAGUCUGUAGGGUUCAAAGAAGAUACAUAAACAGGUGUACCUUUAAGACCCACUAUCUGUAUGAUCAACUCAGCCACCUAUAACAUCUCAUAGUUUCUGGCUUUCGUCUUCAACCCGUUGGUAGACAGCUCUAAACACCACAGCCACACCGCAUCCAGAACUCCUUGGAUUUUGUUUAAGGUGAAAGCUGUCAAUAUGGAGGCACAUACAAGGGUCAGUACUACAGAGGUUAUAGAUAAAAUAAAAGUAUCACGCGUUUUCUAGGUGUGUUUAUAACUCUGUGUUAUUGUACAUAUUCUGUGUUAUACAUCAUAAUCAAUCCAGUCUUUUUUAACUUUUUUAAUCUUUAUAAAACUUUUUUUUUUUGCAAUUUCUGCUGCCCUAUUGGUCUGGUCUCUCUUGAAAAUCUAUGAGAAUGUGAUAUUCAUAAUUAAAGGAUAUUUAAAAGUU